GCAGGGGUUGAGGAAAGCCUUGCGCAGUCCACUUUAACGGGUCCAUCAGACCCAGUACCUGAGCGCCUCAGGGUUCGCAUAGUGUCCAGCGUAGGCUUUCCUAAAAUGGAUAACCAUCCUAAAUUCCAUAGUCAGGAAUCUGUGCCUUACGAAAAUGGCAUGAUGUGGGGUGCCAGGGUGCUUACUACUGGCUGCUCACGGCUUGCCCUCCUUAACCGUAAUAAUAACAACAACAUCAAUGACAGCAGUGAUGAUGAGAAUGAUGGUAACGGUAACGUCCAACCUGGUGAACAUGAAAACCCUGCUGCAAACAGCCCAGAACAAAACCCUGGUCAGGACGAAACUGAAUCUGAUAAUGCAGAUCAGGCAGAAGGUAGCGGUGCCUUUGGCACUGACGGUGGUCAAGAUCAAGGCCAAGAAGAGGACAGUCCUCCACCAGAAGAAGAACCACCUCAAGAAAGUCCAUCUAUUGAGGUAACUCCUCCUGAUGACGUCUUUGAAGAAGAUCAACCAAAGGAAGAAGGAGGAGGACCCAUCAUUGAAGAGGCGCCAAGCCCUACCGUUGAGGACGUUGAGAUAGAAGAAGCAAUGGAAGCAGCAGAGGGUCCCUCAGAGCAGUUCACCGAGCUGCCUUUGUCUUCAGACGCUCCUUUAGAACCAAUGCGGAGCCCUGUUGUUGAGGAGCCUGAAGAGGAAGAGCCUGCAGAGUAUGAGGAGGCGGAGGAUGCUCUCGUCGACUUUGAUCUCCCCAGUCCACCCCCUGAAAAGGCUACUCCGGAGGUAAGACCAGUUUCUCCUAGGGUCACAUCUCCUGUUGAAGAAGAUAUUCCUCCAGAGAGGCCUCCUUCUCCAGCUGCGGAAGCUUUUAUGGAGGAAGACAUCUCUGUAGAACCAGCCUUCCCCAGCCCUGCAGAGGCUCCAGCACGGCAGGAUGUUCCAACACCACCCUAUAUGGAACAGGCUUCCAGCCCUGCUGUACCGGAAGCUCUGACAGAGGCUGUGGAGCCUGAAGUUCCAGAAACACCCAUGGAAGCAGAGUUCCCCAGCCCACCUGCCUACGAAACCUUAACGGAAGAAGUUCUGCGGGACGUUCCUGUCCAUGUCGAGAAACCGAGUCAGCCGACGGUCUCAGUGUUUACCAACCCAGAUGAGCUUGAUGACGAAGGUGGGUACCCUCAGCCAUUGUUGGGAAAUCCUGGCCACAAGGCUGGCAAUCCUCAUCCUCACAACCCCGGCACUCCUCCGCCUAUCGAGGAGAAACCCACCAGUCCCCAGCCGGGGCAGGUAUCAGGAGGAAGGCUGGUGAAGACUGGGUCGUACAGCUCGUACCAGUACGAGGAAAGCGUCCGUGAAGUCAGGUCUUCAACAAGGCAAACCAUCAGGGAGGUUGUGACCUCCGACGGCAGGGUGGUUUCAAAGCAGGAGUCUGAGGAGACAUCCCACGCCGAAGCAUCUCAGGCCAGGGCGAAAUCCGAAACCACCCGGUCGGACGGCACGAAGACCGUCACGACAAAGAGAGAGGCAGAGGAAUCCAUGCAGGCCUUGGAGAUGCAGAAGAAGGCAAAGACCACAUCAGGUGGGGUGACAAAGGUUGAACCCACACAGGGCAUGCGAGCAAUGGAAAUGGAAAAGAAAGCCAAGGCUUCAACCACCAUACAACAAGCGCUUGGUGAAGCAAUGGAGGUGGAGCCCCCUCCCCCUAUCCCUCCUUUACCAGUAGAGGUCGGCAGAGUGACCAUAAAACAAGAACCUGGAACUCUGAGGGGCAUCUCUCUUAAAGGUGUGUCCAAGUCUCGUGGUGGAGUGAAGCACACCAUCAAAGCCACUUCUGCCCUUAGUGAGGAAAGAUCUACUCAAGUUACUACGUCGGCAAUGAGUGAACAAAGAUCUAGUCAUGUUACUACUUCUUCACAGAGUCAACAAAGAGCUAGUCAAUAUUCUACUUCUGCCAUGAGCGAAGAGAGAGCUAGCCAUGUUACUAGUGUCCGAGCUGCAAAAGCCGUGCACACAGGUGUCACCAAGAAGGUGGAGAGCCAUCCCAAAAUCGUUGUGGCACGCCGGACCGAAACAGUGAAAAUUCAGCUCCCAAUGGGGGCCAGGGAAAGAGUUCUUCGGAUUAAGAUCCGUUUCGGCAGGAAGAACAAACCAAACCGACUUACAGCAUACGCCUGGCAGCAACUUCGUUGGCCAGGGAUAACGGAAGUCAAAACACAGGAGGAUGUGAGUGAAGACACUAGAUAUGUCUACAUCCUUCUUAAACAAAUAUCUGAUGAUCGUACAUCUAAGGAGUCAUGCCUCAGGAUCGAAGUGCCCCCGCUGAUAGAGCAAAGUAUCAUGAAGAUAUCCGCGGAAACAUCGCGCAUGUUGGUGCAACAACAGAAGGUCAUCUACAAAGCUCAUGAGAGAAAGUAUGGUGGUCACAAGUACAAGUUCACUGUACAACAGGCGGUGCCUCCUGAGCUGGAUGAAACCCCCACUCUCAGUGCUCGGGAUGCAAAAACAAGGUUUGAAAUGGAAAGAGCAGAAGAGCUAAGGCAGCGCAGGCACGUGACCCGCCACGAAGUGGGACAAAUGAAGGAAAUGUUUGAGCGGGGUGCCAGCGAUGCUGAGGAUUUUGAAAGGGAACCAACUCAAAUUACACGCUACGAAGUUGGUUCAAAGAAGGAAAUGUUCGAAAGGAGAGCCAGCGAUGCCGAGGAUUUCGAACGACAACCGGCUCAAAUUACACGCUACGAAGUCGGUUCCAAGAGGGAAAUGUUUGAGCGGGGAGCCAGUGACGCCGAGGACUUCGAACGAGAACCAGCUCAAGUUACACGCUACGAGGUUGGUUCGAAGAGGGAGGCCUUCGAGAGAGGAGUGAGUGAGGUUAAGAUGGCAGAGAGGGAAGAGAUUCAUGUGGCUCGGCAGGACAUUGGCCAGAAGAAGCAGCUCUUUGAGAAAGUUGCCGAAGGCCACUGGGCUAGUCGGUACAUGGACUCCGAUGAAGGUGGAGAAGCACCGGAGAGACCGCCUCCUCCAAGGUUCGAUGUCGGUCAGAAGAAGGAGAUGUUUGAAAAAGGUGGGCAGUCUUGGAGAAGGACCGACUCUGAAACUGAGGAGUCUCUCCAGAUGAUAACUCAGCAAGAUGUGGUGAGAAAGAGAGAGCUCUUCGAAAGGGGAAGGAGUGGGAGUGAAGAAGAAGCUCCUGAGAGGCCUCCACCUCCAAGACAGGACGUUGGCCAGAAGGCUGAGCUGUUCGAAAAAGUUGCCGUUGGGCAGUUUGUCAGAGAAGAAGGGGAAGAGAGAGAGCGCGUCAUUCCCAUCAGGCCACCUCCUCCCUCCCCUGACAUGAUCCAGAAACGUGAGAUGUUCCAGAAGUUCUCUGAAGGGCGCUGGAGCAGCUCUGAGGCGGAAGAGAGGGAAGAAAUACAGAUCGCAGCCGGCGUCACCUCCAAGAAAGAACUGUUUGAAAAGGCUGCGGAGGAACUACGAUCAAAGAAACUGCCUCCUCCAAGCCCUAGACGAACUCGUCGAAGGAUCCGCUCGGACAGUUUCAGGCGGUCGAUAUCAUCAGACGAGGAAGGAACUCCGGAGAGGCCACCCCCUCCCCGCCCGCCACCUCCUGCCCCGGCACCGCCCACCCCCUCUCCUCCUGCAUCUCCGGUGACCACAGCCCCACCGUCUCGCCCCCCACCGCCUCCCGAAGGUGAGGAAGGUGAAGACUGGAUCGCUUCAGUCUCGAAAUGUGUGGAGAUGUACGAACGGGAGGUGCAGAUCAGAGGAGAGAGGAUGAAGCUGAAGACCAUCCGGAGGGAUCCGACCCCCGUGCGUCGUCCGGUCCGGUCCUGGCCUCCAACGCCUCCGAGCUCACCGGCAGAACCGAUAUCCCCCGUACGCAGGACCCGGAGGUCCCCCUCCCCUGGACCGGCAGUACCAGACCGUCCACGGGGCAGGGAGCCACCUCCCGUCGCCCGCCGGUUCAGAGACCGCAGCCCGGCAGUCCACAGGGAACACUCCUCAGAAAGGAGGCUGACAAGCCUGGCCCAGAACAUUCUCUCUCAGGAGGGUUUCGAGGAAUACAGGGCAGUUCCGCAAGACACCUACCAAGUCGUGGUCGACCCCUUCUUGCAAAAGGCGCAGGAGGUGACCAAGCUGCUCAGCCGGGCUGAAUACGAGAAGGAAGCCAAAGAGCGGAUGUGGCACUACCACGGCCUUCUGCCUGAUGACCCGGAGGCAAAGCGCCGUGCAGAGCUUGCCAGGAUGCAGAGUGACUUCCGCUACAGGGAUUACCCCAGGUACCUGGAAGCAAAACCAGGCAUGGUGGCUGUUGUGGAUCGGUGGAUGAUCGGGCAGAAGAAGCAAACUCAUGAGCAGAGCACAGUGGAGUAUCCACGUGACCACCCGAAAGACAUGACAUGGAGGUUGAAGUACCAAAGCACGCCAGACGACACCGUGACAAAGCGAGCCCAGGAAGUCACCCACAUCAGUAGCGAACUGGAAUAUCAGAAAAGGGCUAAACAGACAAAGGACAGGUACACUGCCAUUACUGAUGAGCUGCAGCUCGAGACACAGAAAGAUGCUGCCAGGAUGCAGAGCUCCGUUUCCUAUGUCAAAGAUCACCCAUUGGCAAUGGAGAAACGACAUGCAUACACUUCAGUAGAGGAAGACCCUAGCUCCAGGCAUGCCAAAGAUGCCUACAAAAUGUCCAGUCAACUCGAGUACGAGAAACGGUACAAGCAGGAAGUGCUGGGCCACAUCGGGUACGUAGAGCUUGACACCCCCGAACAGGAACGCAUACGUCGAAUGAAAACUCUUCAGUCCCAACUGGAAUACCAGAAAGACUACCCGAUGGACUUUGAGAGAAGGAAGGACUACCAGACGGUAACUGACGACCCGAGCACAGUCCGUGCUAAGGAAGCUACUCACCUUGCCAGCAAGGUUGAGUAUGAGUCCAGGUACCAUAAAGAGAAAGACAUCUACAAAACAGUCGCUGACACCCCAGAGGCAGUCAGAGUCAAGGAUGUGGGCAAGAUGCAGAGUGAGAUCGAAUAUCAAAAGCCAGACAAAGUGAGGAGACAGUACUAUCAGACUGUCACUGAUGCCAAGGACAGCCAGAGGCUGAAGGAGGUGGGACACCUGCAAAGCCAGAUUGAGUACCAAAAAGACCACCCCAUGGGCUUUGAGGGGAGAAGAGACUACCAAGCAGUGCCUGAUGAUCCAGAGACUCUGCGUGUGAAAGAUGUGACCAAAUUAUCAAGCGGAGUCGAGUACAUACGAAAGGACAAGCCCAGACGAGAGGUGUAUCAAACUGUCACAGAUGACCCUGAGGCAAAGAGGAUGAAAGAGGUGGGCAAGCUGCACAGCCAGCUUGAGUACCAGAAGGACCAUCCUAUGACAUUUGAGGGAAGGCUUGACUACACCGCGGUCUCUGACGACCCCGAAACACUCCGUGUCAAAGACGUGACAAAAAUGGCCAGUGGAUAUGAAUACCAAAGAAAAGACAAACCACGCAGGGAGGUUUAUCAAACUGUGACAGAUGAUGUGGAGGCUAAGAGAAUGAAGGAAGUUGGGCAUCUGCAAAGCCAGAUAGAGUACCAGAGAGAUCAUCCUAUGACUCUUGAAGGAAGGCUGGACUAUACAGCUGUAGCUGAUGAUCCCGAAACUCGCCGUGUCAAAGAUGUAACAAUGAUGGCAAGCGAGGUUGAAUAUGAACGGAAGGACAAGCCUAGGAGAGAAGUCUACCAAACAGUCACUGAUGACAUGGAGUCAAAGAGAAUGAAGGAAGUUGGGAAACUGCACAGCCAAAUUGAGUAUCAGAAGGACCAUCCUAUGACUCUGGAGGGCCGUCUUGACUACACAGCUGUUGCAGAUGAUCCGGAAACUCGCCGUAUCAAGGAUGUAACAAUCAUGGCCAGUGGGGUUGAGUAUGAAAGGAAAGAUAAACCAAGGAGAGAGAUUUACCAAACCGUGACAGACGAUGUGGAGUCAAAGAGAAUGAAGGAAGUUGGCAAACUUCACAGCCAGAUUGAGUACCAGAAAGACCACCCCAUGACACUUGAGGGCCGUCUUGACUACACUGCCAUCGCUGACGAUCCAGAAACACGCAGAGUUAAAGACGUGACAAUGAUGGCGAGUGAAAUCGAAUACGAGAGAAAAGACAAGCCACGCAGGGAGAUCUACCAAACAGUGACAGAUGACAUGGAAUCUAAGAGAAUGAAAGAAGUCGGGCAUCUGCAAAGCCAGAUCGAAUACCAGAGAGAUCAUCCUAUGACUCUUGAAGGCAGGCUGGACUAUACAGCUGUAGCUGAUGAUCCUGAGACGCUUCGUGUCAAGGAUGUGACAAUCAUGGCCAGUGGGGUUGAGUAUGAAAGGAAAGAUAAACCAAGGAGAGAAAUUUACCAAACCGUGACAGACGAUGUGGAGUCAAAGAGAAUGAAGGAAGUUGGAAAACUUCACAGCCAGAUUGAGUACCAGAAAGACCACCCCAUGACACUUGAGGGUCGUCUUGACUACACUGCAAUUGCUGACGAUCCAGAAACACGCAGAGUUAAAGACGUUACAAUGAUGGCCAGUGAGAUAGAAUAUGAGAGAAAAGACAAGCCAAGGAGAGAAAUUUACCAAACGGUAACUGAUGACGUGGAAUCUAAACGGAUGAAGGAAGUUGGGAAACUUCACAGCCAAAUUGAGUACCAGAAGGACCAUCCUAUGACUCUUGAAGGAAGACUGGACUACACGGCUGUCGCAGACGAUCCAGAAACUCUACGUGUUAAAGAUGUCACCAAGCUGUCUAGCGGCAUUGAAUACCAGAAGAAGGACAAGCCAAGAAGAGAGAUCUAUCAGUCCGUCACAGAUGAUGUUGCCACAGUACAGGCAAAGGAUAGCCAAAGGCUGCAAAGCCAGUUGGAAUAUGAGAGGCUUUAUCGUGAAAAGAAGGGUACUGGCAUUUUCACUAUGAUUGCUGAUGACAAAAAUCUCCAGCACGUCAAAGAUGUGUCGAAGUUGGGAAGUCAGCAGGGGUACACCAAGGACUUCCCCAUGGAGCUGGAGAAACGUGGUGGGUACACCUCAGUGGAAGCUGAUCCCACAACGGAAAGAGCGAAAGAAGUCUAUCAGUUCCAGAGUGAUGUCGAAUACCAGCGCUCCUUCCGCCAGAGAAGAGGCAGUUUCACAGCCAUCACAGAUGAUGCUGCCACGAAGCAUGCUCAGGAGUCUGGUAAGGUUUCGAACGAGCUAGAAUACACCAAGAAGUUUCGACAACGUCGCGGCAGCUUUACCGCAGUCGUGGACACUCCUGAAGCACAGCGUGUUAAGGAGGUGAACAGGUAUCAGAGUGAGCUCGAGUACAAGAAGAGAGCUCUGCAACGACGUGGUAGUUUCACCGCUGUUGUUGAUGACCCUGUUACUGAGAGAGUGAAAGACUCCACUAGACUGGCCAGUGAUACCAUUUACAAGAAGGCAGCUGCUGAAAGGAAACAGGCAUACACCAUUGCCCUUGAUGAUCCCAACACUGAGAGAGUUAAGAAUGUUUCAAAGAUGGUGAGUGAUUAUGAGUACCAGCGAAUGUACAGAGAGAAGAGAGGAACUGGCAUCUUCACUUCCAUUGUGGAUGAUCCAUUCACAAGGCAUGCCCGAGAAACGGCAGAAUACCUAAGUUCACACGUGUACAAGAAGGACUUCCCUGAAAACAUGGAGCGUAGGUCUGGUUACACAACUGUUGUGGACGCCUCCGGGCUCAAGCAUGCCAAGGAGGCAUCCGAGAUCCAGAGCUUGAUCAAGUACUACGAAAAAGACAAAGAAGGGAAGUCACAGUACACGCUGGUGACUGACGACCCAGAGAGUAUGAGGAUGAAAGACGUUGGCAAAAUGCAAAGCAGGAUUGAAUAUGAGAAGGACUAUGAGGCAUCGAAGGAUAAGUACACCAUGGUGGGAGACGAUCCACAGACAAGGAGAGUACAGGAGAUGACCAAGUUGCAGAGUCAAUACGAAUACCAGCGUACGUUCCUCGAGGAGCGAGGCCUGGGCUGGUACACGGCGUGGCUGGAUUAUGAUAAGGAGAUGGAAAGGCAGCUUGGGAUGAAGCACAUGUACAGCCACAUCCACUACAAGAAGGACUUCCCUGAGCAGAUGACAGGCAGGGAAGGGUAUCAGAUGGUUGCAGACGAUGUCCAGACUGUUCAUGCAGGGGAGAUGUCCAAAAUGCAGAGCCGGGUAGAGUAUGAGAAAGACUACCAUGAAAAGAAGGGAUUAUACACCACGACAACUGAUGAGAUGAGAGCUACACAUGCCAAGGAAGUUGGUAAAUUAGCCAGCUCAGUGGAGUAUCCUGUUGACCAUCCGAUGGAAUGGGAAAGGAGGAGAAGGUACACUGCUGUCGCUGACGAUCCCAAUACUAAGAGGGUCAAGGAGACAACAAAGUACCAGAGUCCGUACGAAUAUGAAAGGGAACAUCGCAGGAAAAAGGGGCAGUACACAAUGGUGGCAGAUGACCGAGAACAAGUCAGGGUUGUGGAGAUGAACAAGCUUCACAGUCUGGUGCAGUAUCAUGAGCAGUUUGAGAAGGAUAAGGGCCAGUUUACCACCGUGCUGUUUGAUCCAGAAACCAAGAGAGUGGUUGAGCUAUCCAAACUCCAGAGCAUGAAUCACUAUCAGCUUGAGUUCGAGAAGAACAAGGGCAACUACAUCACAGUCCUGUUUGACCCAGAGUCUCAGCGAUACAAAGAAGUGGGCAAGUUGGCAAGUGAUGUGGAGUACCAGAAAGAAUUCAAGGACCUACGAGGCAAGUACACUGCCACCGCAGACACUGUUGCAACCAAACACGCAACCGAGGCUGGCAAGCUGCAGAGUCAGCUGGAAUACCAGAAGGAUUUCCCACAACAGAUGACAGAAAGAGCGGGCUACACCCCAGUCACCGACAAGGAGACCAUCCGUGUCGUCGAGAUGUCCCAGCUCCACAACCUCAUCAAGUAUCGCGAGCAAUUCGAGAAAGACAAGGACAGGUUCACCACCGUCCUGUUCGAUCCUGAGACCAAGCGUGUCGUGGAGCUGUCCAGCAUUCAGAGCGUUAUCCAGUACGAGAAGAAGUACCAAGCAGACAAAGACAAGUACACAACGGUCAUGUUUGAUCCUGAGACGUCCCGCACAAUGGAAAUGUCCAAGCUGCAGAGCUUACACGAAUACCAUCUGCAGUUUGAGAAGGACAAGGGUCAGUACCAACUGGUCACAGAUGAUCCUGUGUCAGAGAGAAUAAAGGAGGUUGCCCGCCACCAGAGCCAGUAUGAGUAUGUCAGGAAGUGGUUGGAGGAAAGAGGCAUUUAUCAUUCGGCACCUGAUGACAAGGAACACAUGCGAAUCGUUGAGGUCAACAAACUGCAAAGUCUUCUGCAUUACACUGACGAAUACAACAAGGAGAAAGGAAAGUAUACCACAGUUCUAUUUGAUCCAGAAACCAAGAGGGUGGUUGAGCUUUCUAAGCUGCAAAGUGCAGUGCAAUAUCACGAAGAGUUUGAGAAGAACAAGGGCCAGUACAUCACUGUGUUGUUUGAUCCUGAGAGUAAGCGGUACAAGGAGGUUGGAAAGUGGCAGAGCGAUGUGGAGUAUCAGAAAGAGUUCCGCGGCCUCCGCGGAAAAUACACGUCUGUGGAGGAAGACGUGCAAACUAAGAGAGCGAAGGAUGUAGGGAAGUAUCAGAGCCAGCUGGAGUACCAAAAGGACUUCCCUCAAGAGUUUGAAGGAAGGGUGGGGUACACCCCAGUUGCUGACAAGGAGACGGUCCGAGUGGUGGAGAUGUCACAGCUACACAGCUUGCUGAAGUAUCAGGAAGAGUUUGAGAAAGAUAAGGGCAAGUACACAACAAUCCUCUUUGAUCCCGAGACCAAGCGAGUGGUUGAGCUGUCGAGUAUCCAGAGCGCAAUCGCCUAUCAAAAGGAAUACCAGAAAGACAAGGACCAGUUCACCACCAUUUUGUAUGACCCUGAGACCCAGCGUUUCACAGAGUUGUCGAAGAUACAGAGCCUGGUAUCUUACCAUGAUGAGUACGAGAAAGAGAAGGGCAAGUACCACUCUGUUGCUGAAGACAUUGAAAGCAAGAGGCUCAAAGAUGUUGGCAAGUUUGCCAGUGAGACAGAGUAUCAGAAGGAAUAUCAGAAAUUGAAGGCCUUCUACACAGAAGUACCUGACAAGGAGAUGUUGAGGGUGAUAGAAAUGUCACAGCUACACAGCGUUGUAAAGUACCACGAAGAAUACGAAAAAGACAAGGGUGACUUCACCACUGUCCUUUACGACCCAGAAACUCGGCGAGUCGUGGAGCUGUCUUCGAUCCAGAGUCUGAACAAGUACCAAGAGGAAUUUGAAAAGAACAAGGGAAAAUACACCACCAUAUUGUUCGACCCUGAAACUGAACGUGUCCAGGAGGUUGGGAAGAUUCAGAGCAAUGUUGAAUACCAGAAGGCCUAUCAUGAAAUGAAGGGCAGUUACAGAACUGUAACUGAUGAUCCUGAAUCUGAGCGCCUCAAGUCCGUCUCUAAAUGGCAGAGCAUGAGCGAGUAUCAGAAAGACUUCCCGGCCAAAUUCGAAGGCCGUCCUGAGUAUCAAUCCUUGGCUGCUGACAAGGAAACACUGAGAAUUGUAGAUGUCACAAAGCUUCAGAGCCUGAUCAAAUAUCAGGAGCAGCACAAGGAUGACAUUGGCAAGUUCACCACCGUUCUUUUCGAUCCUGAGACAAAGCGUGUCCUGGAACUCUCUAAAAGUGCAAAGUCUCCUCAAGUACAAGGAAGACUUUGAGAGUGAAAAGGGGGGAUACACGACUGUGUUGUAUGACCCUGAAACUCAGAGGUUCAUUGACCUGUCCAGCAAACAGAGCGAUGUUCAUUACCAUGAGCAGUACGAAAGAGA